AUGCCGAAGGUAGCGAGAUUCCAUAGAUUGGGCGGGCCAGAGGACCUACAGUUUGAUGAAAUUACUUUUGAGGAUCCGUUUGCUGGGAGCUUCUUCUUUUUCCGUACUAGCGGUUUCGGUCCCCUAAAGGAGUUCCCUGCUAUGCUGGGGUCGGAAUGCUCUGGAACAGUUCUCGCAGUCGGUGAGGGUAUCAAAGGCUUCUGCACCGGGGAUCAUGUAGCAACGAUCCUCAGCUUCACGAGCGUUCCUGGAUUUGCCACAGAGAUGAAAGGUCAUGAACGCGCGGUAUACGGCGAACAAGCCUACGUGCCGGCGGAUAUGGUGGUCAAGAUGCCCAACGACAUGUCUUUUAGUGAUGGGGCCGCGUUAUGGGUGCAGUACAGCACAGCCUGGAAUGCCAUGCUUGAUACUGCUAAGCUGCAAAAGGGCGAAUACGUGCUAUUGACAGCGGCAACGUCGUCCGUGGCAAUCGCAGCUGCACAGAUCGCUCAAUCGCAGGGGGCCAUUCCAAUCUGUACGACUAGGAGUCGGUCCAAGGAUAUAGCGACGGAAGUGGCACGUAUCUCGGACGGCAUCGGCGUCAUCUAUGACCCGAUUGCCGGAGAGAAUAUCAACAAACUGCUCGAUGCAUUUGCCAACAACGGUAUUCUCCUUAUUUAUGGCGUCUUAGGCCUGUCGCCGGCUUUAAUAGACCCGCUGAAGGGGAUGGCCAAGUUUGCCACUAUUAAGCUUUCAGCUGUUUUUCAAACCUUAUCGAACCCAAAGAAGCGCGCCAAGAUGGUGAAUUUUGUGCAAAGAGGUAUCGCCGAGGGCGUGUUAAGGCCUGUUAUCGACCUAACCCUAAGAUCCCAUGGGCUAGAUGAUAUACCCUUUCCUUUAGACUAUUAA